AUGUUCACUGCGGAAACAACGUCGAACAGAUACUGCGUCAAUGAAAUCGAAUGUAACAAUCUCCAAGGAACAUAUGGAGUACGCUAUUUUGAAUAUGAGCAUGAUGUUGCAGCUUAUUUGUUGUUAACUUCGGGAAUUAGCGCUUACAAAUUCCAAAGAGCUAAUAUGCAUCUUCCCAAUCGUAAAUCCGUUCAACGACAUAUUUCCCGACAUACCCACGAUACGAGAGAAGGUGUUCUAAUGAUUAACCCAUUGGUAAAAUAUUUGAACGCCAACAAAUGUCCAAAAGUGGUUGCAUUAAGUGAGGAUGGGACUUCCCGAUCUCCCAACUCGGAGUACUCACCACGAACUGAUUCUGUGCGCGGCCUUGUUGCACCAUUUAACAGCAAAGGAAUGCCAAUACUUGAUCAUUUCAAGGCUUCAACAGCGGAAAAAAUGAUCAAUGAUCUGAAAAAUUACCCAGUUGGAGAAUACUUAUAUAUUGUAAUGGCCACUCCAAUGGUCGCAGGCUCAUCUCCGUUUUGUGUCCUGUAUAUGUGCAGUGACAACAAAUUUACGCAUCUCCAAGUUAAACAGCGCUGGGAACACGUAGAGGCUGAACUCAAAAAAGCUGGAGUAAAAGUUGUAGCACAUGCAUCAGAUGGUGAUCCACGACUAUUACGGGUCAUGAAGGAAAGGACACGUCUUCCUCACCCAGUUGCAAGCACAUUGUAUGGUUCAUACUUCAUAGCAAAUAUGAAUGACGAAGUAGUUUGCAUCCAGGAUACGAUACAUCUUGUGAACAAGCUUCGGCAUGCUCUACUAAAUCCAAAAAAGCACAUGGCUAUGGGAAAAUACUAUGUAUCACCCGAAUAUGUAAGGCAAAUGAUAGAGCAUGGAGAUAAAGUUAUACACAAGAUGAACCCGUCGGACUUAAAUCCAGCAGAUAAAAUGAAAUUUGAUCCUGCGUUAAAAUGGAUGGCACCAGAUUUGAUCGAACACCUGAUUCAAGUAGUUCCAGAUUGUUACGGCACAGCUGUGUAUUUGAAGCUAAUGCGGUUGAUAAAUAUCUCCUUUGUCGAGGAGGAAAUUUCACCGACCGAAAGAAUAUGUAAAAUAUGGACUGCUUUGUUCUUCAUUCGAGCAUGGCGUUGGCAAUGUCUGGACUCAAAUAACAGUAUUCAACACUGUACAACUUCAAACGUAUACUGGUGUUUAGAAUUAAACGCACAUGAAUUGGUUCACUUUCUGGUAAACUGUCGUGAAAAUAAUGCACAUGAUCAGUUUUUAGUUCAAAACUUAAACAGUCAGCCUUGUGAGACGUCUUUUCGAGAGCUACGCUCAAUGACUACCAUCAAUCAUACAGCAGUAAACUUUACUAUGAAGGAUGUUGAACAAAGGAUGCAACGAGUACAAAUGAAGCUACUGAUAGCCCACCGUAGAAAAGAUACGCUCUGCUUCCCCAGUCUUCGCAAACAAGUCUUCAAAUUAUUGGCAGCCUCAUCAUACGAUCUGCCAAAUGAUGACCAGAUAGCACAAUCGAUCAAAGUAGCCAAGCACAAAGCAACUGAGCUUCUUAUUUCGGUUGGAUUUCAUGAAGACAAAGUUAACUACACAAACAGCUUGUUCAUACGAAAUCCUAACAUCCCACCUGAGUUUGAAUUUGUUAAUAUGACAAACAUGUACGAUGAUAGCACAGAUGGUAAUCAUGCAGAUUAA